AUGACAGCUGCAGCCUCCCUCGUCUCCAUGGCCUGGGCCCUGGCCUCCUAUCAGAAGGCCCUGCGAGAGUCUCGGGAUGACAAAAAGCCCAUCAGCUAUCUGGCCGUGAUUAUCCAGUUCUGUUGGCACUUCUUCACCAUAGCAGCCCGAGUUAUCACCUUUGCUCUGUUUGCAUCUGUAUUUCAACUCUACUUUGGCAUCUUCAUCGUCCUGCACUGGUGCAUCAUGACCUUUUGGAUUGUCCACUGUGAGACAGACUUCUGCAUCAGCAAGUGGGAAGAGAUUGUGUUUGACAUGGUGGUGGGCAUAAUCUACAUCUUUUCCUGGUUCAACGUCAAGGAAGGACGGACAAGGUGUCGGCUUUUUAUCUAUUACCUGGUAAUCUUGAUGGAGAACACUGCUCUCAGUGCGUUGUGGUAUCUCUACCGAUUUCCUCAAAAUACUGACGCCUUUGCAGUGCCAGCACUCUGCGUCAUUUUCAGCAGUUUCCUCACCGGCAUUGUUUUCAUGCUCAUGUACUAUGCCUUUUUUCACCCGAACGGGCCACGCUUCGGACACUCGCCAAGUGGCCAAGGCCUUGACCUGGACCCUACUGCUCAGUUCUCCACUCUGCCAUCAGAAGGUGCCACCAAUUCACUGCGUUCGAACCGAGGUGCUACCACAACUCUAGAACGACACGACGCGGGCAAGUAUUCUGAGCGAGAUGGCUGCAUGCCAGUGUUUCAGGUCCGAUCCACAGUGCCAUCCACGCCAUCUUCUCGUGCUCCACGCCUAGAGGAGAACGUCAUCAAGAUCGACCUUUGUAGGAACCGCUAUCCAGCCUGGGAGCGUCAUGUUCUGGACCGCAGCAUUCGCAAAGCAAUUUUGGCCAUAGAUUGCUCUUUGACUCCUCCACGGCUGCAGUACAAAGAUGAUGCUCUGGUACAGGAGCGGUUGGAAUAUGAGACCACUCUAUAGUCCGCUCGGCUUUCGGAAACCCUGCAGGGGCACAGCAACAGAGUGGUAUCCUGUGAUCACAUAAACAGCAACAGGAACUGUGGCAAUAAGAAUUUGUUACUGGCAUCAGUUUCAAUAUCUUCAUCUCCCAUUGCUGUCGUUCUUUUUCUAUUUCCGGGUAUCAGAAGUGUCGAGAAGCAGUCGGGACUGUUGGUAAUGGCUGGAGGACCAACUCAGCACAAGUUCAGUUAGUGUCACUGGUGGGAUUGCUGCUGGUCAGAUUGUUGCUAUUAUUUUUACUAACACUUAUCUGGUAAAUGCUGUCUUCUAUGGACUAAAUACUAAAUGACACUCUGCUUAGAACAACAAGAAGCGAGUGCGUUAAGGGGUGUUAAGCUGUAAAAUAAUAAAACAUGGAAUUGUCCAUACAGACAGCUUUUAAGUCACCAGAUACUCCCAUAAAACAAAGGAGACCUGAACUCAAACUUGUCCAAAUGUGUUGGUGUCCUACUAUAUCAGCCACAAGCAGGUGGGUACUCUCAGUCAUUACUCUCUUUCUCUUAGUGCCAAAAAGGGUCAUUGGGAACAUCCUUUAGAUUCCUCUAGAAACAACUUAGGGGUGCCUGCAUAAUCCAGAAGGUUCUUCUUUGAGCUGACUGAUAUUUCAGUGUUAUUGGACAUCUGUGAUCAACACUGGAAGAUGGCCAGAAAGUGACCUACGAGAAGACAGUGGUCAAAGUAGCAUCUAUGAGCAGCGAUGGUGUUUUGUUUGGGCAAAACAUACUAAAUGAUGUAAAUGAAAAGGGGGCAAAGGUUAAACACUAGCUAAUGGUCUCGUUCAGAAAAGGAAGCAUUCAAACUUACCCAAUGCCAAGAAACAAAAUCUUCCUGGCAGCUCAACAUAACUAUUUGUAGUCCGGCCUCAGAAACACAGCUGCAGAAUUAUUCGAAUCUUUGCUUGUAUGUGGAGGGUGAAAGCAUGUGGCAGACACCAAUGAACCGAAGAGAGGAGAGAGAAUGAUACCGGAAAUGGAAAUGAGUCGAGGAUCGAAACACAGACAAGCAGCCAACUCAGCCAUUCCAACCAGGAUGUACAGUACUCAUGCAACAUGCAGCAUUUUUCUUUUAGAGAUGAAGUAGAGGCUACUGAAGUCAUGUGUGUGUGUGUGUGUGUGUGUGUGUGUGUGUGUGGUUUACACAAAACAAGCAAAGGGACGUGUGGUUAGUCUGUCUGAAUAGAAUCUUUGCUGUAGGUAUGCAGGUGACACGCGUCACCUUUCGAGGAAAAAUUGCCCUUUUUAAAAACACUUUUUACAUUUUGACUCAACACAUUUACCAACCAAACCACACAACAUGGUUAGCAUGGUGCUGGAAGUGUCCACUGGCAAAUGAGAAACCGAGACGGGAAAAAGCUUGGUCCUGAUCAUACUACAUAUCAUGCUCUGGAAAAUAAGCGAUGGAGUACAACCAUUUUCCAUACGUAACUUUUAAUGUGGGUAACAAAGACAGUAAGUGUAAAUAACAGAAUUCAAUCAGAAAUGCAAUGCUGUGACAGGCGGUUAACCAAAAAUGACUAUUGGACUACAGCCACGGUGGUGUUAAAUGAUGAAACUGUGAACAUAUACAAGCUCCAACAGAUGGCGUUUGGGGCCAAAGCAUUUUUCAAAGUCCAAUCUAAGUAUUAAACAUACACACAUAGUGUUGUUAUAUGGAAAUUACAGUUAUGAAAAUACCUCAAACAUUUAUUGUUUGAGGUAUUGUUAUUUUCCAAAAUGUUUAUGCUUACUUCCAGUAGCUUGUCAUGGAUGACCUGGAUCAAGAUGGUGCCUGUUUUUCCCAAAAGUUUGUUCCAACCUUGUAGCAAGUGUCAGGGGAGUCAGGGGGUCUUACAAAAUUCAAAGGUUGCUAUAGUGCAUUACGAUGUUGUGCAGUGCACUGUAAAAAAUAUGAACAAUACUGUGUAAGUCUGUGUUUGAUGUUACCAGUUAAAUUGUCCUGGCCCGGUUGGCGUAGUGUGUAUCCCAAACCUUGGAACAUCCCUGAAAGAGAGAACCAGAGACUGAAGACAUAAGGAGGUGCUGUGCCAUCCCAUUUGCACCAUUCUGCUUACCCUCAAAACCCAAAUAACUUUACUUCAAGAAACGCUGGGCAGCAACAGACAAUAUCACCUCACAGACUAGUUGUCUGUUAGUCAAGAAUUUUAGCUCUCUCCCUGCUUUUCCUGUGCUAAGAUAGUGUCCAGAUAAAAGGAAUUCUAGGUGGUCUUUUGUCCAAAGUCUUUGUUUUAAAGCAUGGAAAGAGAAAAACACAAAGCGAGUCAAUGAUAAUCAGGAUAUUCUGACCGGUCAUUGCAGUUAUUUGAAACCACAGCACAAUGGCCGUCAUAAUCUUGUUUAAACAAAGAUAUAAGUGAAAAAAGACUCAUUACAUACAGACCACUUAGAGAACGUACGGUUACGUUGUAACCUUGGUUUUCUGAGUGAGAGACUAUCUCUCCACUCCGUACAUAUGGAACAUGUAACGGAGUUGAGAGAUAUGAUAUGAUAGAGAACCAGGAUGAUGUGUAUGCAGAAUAUACUAUGCUGGUAAGUGCUGGCAUAUUCCCACCAUUUUUUGUGGUUUCUAUUAGAUAGAAGUUUCAAUUACAUACUGUAUGUUAGGGUUUUUUAAUAAUUGUGUUUUCUUCGUGGUGACAAGUCAAAAAUGUUUUCUGUAAAAAAAAAAAAAAAAUUCAAAGAAGCAAUCUUGAAUGAUACAGAGAUAUUUUUGUGCUUACACCAAAGCCUCUGUGUUUUACCAGAGACAUACUUUCAAAGGACUAUAGCAGUGGUUUUGCACGUUUUAGAAAAUCUUUUUGCAAAACCUUUUGCUGUAUUUCUCGAGUUUCACUAUAGUCUUUGAACUUUUGUUGUUGGUUGUUAUUAUUAUAAAGUAAUGCAUUGGAGACUUCCUAAGUAUCCGGUCGUUAAGUCUGACGUCACUAGCCGUGU